AUGUUUCAUUUAUCAGCUGUUGGUCAACUUUCUCAACGAACUAUUGAUGUAUCUUUAUCACAAUUAAAUGUAACAGCUUAUAUUGAAACUCAACUUGUACCUUUCAAUGGAUUAGAUGAUAUAAUUCAAGCAACUAUGAAAGAAUUUCAUUUAAAAGCUUCAAAAUUAUUUGAUACAAUUCAAGUCAAUAGAAAAAAAUUAAAAACUCAUGUUGAAAAAGUUCAUGAAGACAUUAUUUCAAAACCUAAUGAAUACAAUGAUUAUAUUCGAACUACUGAGAAGUUGUGUGACCAAGCAACACAAACGAAUGGUGAUUUAGAGAAUAAACUAGCUAAUGUAUCCACUGAAGAAAAAAAAUGGAAAGAUAUUAAACGCAAAUUAGCAACAACAUCACAUAAAGGUGUGGUCAUACUCAAUGUUGGUGGUGAAAAAUAUACUACAAGUAUUGAUACAUUAACACGUGAGAAAGAUAGUUUCUUCACUGUUCUCUUCUCAGGACGAUGGGAACUUGAACGAAAUCCAAAUGAUAAUAGUAUCUUUAUUGAUCGUGAUGGAGAUUUAUUUAAACAUAUUCUAGCAUAUUUACGAACAGAUAAAAUACACAAUGAUGUUAUGACUAAUGAAUCACUUCGUCAACUUCUUCUUAUCGAAGCAGAAUACUUUUAUUUACAAAAUCUGAUUUAUAUAUUGACUGAACCUGACCGAAAACGUCAACAAAAGGAAGAGGAAGAGCUUUUGAUUAUUGAGAAAACUUUUCCGAAUGGAACAUUACUUCAACUAGAGCAUAAAGCAAAACUUUACGAAUUUUUUGGUAAAAGCAAUCAAAAAUGGGAACUAAUAUACAAAGCAACUCGUGAUGGAUUUCGUGCUAAUGCAUUUCACUCACGUUGUGACAAUAAAGGACCAACAAUAACUAUUAUUCAAUCAAACAAUAACUAUAUAUUUGGAGGUUAUACAAAUAUUUCAUGGACUUCAUCUCAAAAUCGCCAGAAUGAUAGCGAAGCAUUUUUAUUCACAUUAACAAAUCCUCACGAUAUUCCACCUACUAAAUAUACUAUCAAGUCUGAUCAUGCAGCAACUGCCAUUUAUAGUCAUUACCACUAUGGACCUACAUUCGGCAGUAGCCACGACAUUUAUAUAUCUCACAGAAGUAACAGCAGCAACUCUAACCAUUCUAGUUUUCCUAAUUCAUAUAAUGAUACAACGGGUAAAGGUAACAAUACGUUCACAGGAGCAAAGUACUUUACUACAUCUGAGAUUGAAGUAUUCAAAUUAGCUUAG